AUGCUUAGUCUGAACACAAACAUCCAGAAACUGGGAACAAAACUUAGCAGAACGGAAUGUAGACACGCCUUCUACUCCUUAAGAGUAGUUAAAUGCUGGAAUUCACUGCAGGCUGAGCUAAUUCAAGCGACUUCUCAGUGGUCCUUUAAGAGAAAACUUGAUAUAUUCUUAAAAACUAAGGACAUUUGGCGGUAUUUGAGAAUGUCGCGCCUGUUUUUCUAUAAUCAGAUCAAAGAAGUGAUUAGCCGUUUGCCUCCUCAUUAUAAGAAAAGGUAUUUACAGAAUCAGCAUGAGUUGGCCAAUGAAAGAGUGUGCAAUUCAUCACUACGUAAACACGAAACAGGAAUUGCGCUUCCUAGUUCGUAUUUUGAUACUCCUAUGAAAAUUGUCUAUCCUCCUGAGUCUCAAAAAUGCCUAUGGGGUGGUGAGGGUAUUAUUCAGGGCUACUGGGAGAAAAAAACACCGAGGCCGAGAUUUCCCAAGACAUGGAGUCCUGUUCUCAUGGAAAACGUAUUUCAUAGUGAGAUUCUAGACCGUUGGAUGAUUAUAAUAGCAACAGAUAGCGCCCUAAGACAAAUCGAAAAGGCUAGUGGAUUUGAUUUCUAUAUACUCUCGACUCCAGAAUCAAAACUUAAAAGUAGGCUUGGAAUGCAUUUAAAAAGAGAUAUGUUGGUAACGCUCGCAAAGGCGAAGAUGAAUGGUAAGAUGAAAAAAAGCUGGGAAAAGUAUUCUAAAUUUAUUAUACCUUUGGAAGAAGCUGAGUGGAUUGGUUUAACACUCGAAGAAGCUGUUAAAAAACAAAUGAAAAUGGAACAUGAAAUAUCCAGAAGUCAGCUAAAGCCACUAAAAUUCAGUCUAGCAGAAAAAUUGAUUGAUAGUUUAAGAAACCCUGUCAAAGAUGAGAAAGAUAAGGAUGAAGAAUAUCCGUCCAGCUACUCGUCUCGGAUUUUCAGUUGAUAAACCUUUGACAAUGAACAAAUAUGAUAUGUCUCUUUUCUCAGAGAAGUUCAGAUAACAAGGAGUUCCUUAUCAUCUUGUGUCUACUUUGUAUGUAUAGUCGCUAAAAUGAUUUUUGAAAAAUCUACUGUUUGCAACUGUUGUUUGGAACUUGAAUUGUUUAGUAAAUAAAUAUUUUAUUAUAAGGUUAGGUAAUAUUGCUAAUGUUGUUGUGCGACCGAAAUACUUUUUUUUUAAAAAGUGUAUGUAACCAAUGUCUGCUCUACUUUACCUUGUACGGUCUGAUCAACAUACGGAAUUUAUGUAACUCAUCGUCUACAAAUAAUUGAAAGAGGAAUUUAAUAAACAAUUAGUCAACAAACUUCAAACCCACUAGAAUGAAUGUUUUAACUACAUACAUCAAGACAAAUAUUCCGUCCUUGUCUCAAUUGCAUAAUAUUUAAAGUGUAUUUUGGAUUACGUCUUCUGUCCAACAAAACUUUUUGGAUGCUACCACGAACUUUGUGACUUGACUGAAGCCAUCUAACAUUACAAUACGUACUUUCUUGACCUUCACAAAGAUGGCAUCAGUUCGUGGUAAAGAACAGUGAAUAAAGGCAUUUGUGUUAGGUAAAUAAUUGUUCUUUGCGUUUUGACGAAACUCUUGUGAAACAGCAACGUGAAAUUAUAUUCGGGUAAAUAACAACUGAGUCGGAUUAUUGGAUCACAAAUAACAUUCAGUUCUCGAAUACGAAGUCAUCCUUCAGUGUGUUUAUUUGUCUACUAAUAUAACCUAUCUUACUUAAAAUAGUUUUCAUAUUAUAAUCAAGUAUGGUAUUUGUUGAUGAUAAUCGAUUCAAAAGCAAUAAAUUCUAUAUUUGAUAGUCGUUAUAUUUCUCUCUUACAGUUAUAACUCAGCUAUUCCUAUUGCUUAGUAUUCUUGGACACCAAAUCACUCGACAAGUCCCCAAAUCAGAACACGGUUGAACAGGAAAGGGAUUAUAUUCCAAAUAACAAGGUUAGAUGGAAGUAAGAAGCAAGUAAGUAGUGCAAUAGGGAAAACGCUAGUGUAUUUAUAGUUUUUCACAUGAGAUUUCUAGUGUUCACUAAGUAUUGACUAACGCUGAUUGGAUAAGAAUUAGCCAAUCAGCGCGCACCAAAUCAAUCGUGCAUUGAGCAUGCUUUAAUCCAGUUCAUGUCCCGCUAACAAUAGUAAUAGUAAGAAAUUAUCCAGAACUUUUCUCCGUCAUCAACGAAAAUUAUUUUUCUGCUAAAUAUUAGAAUGAUUUUCAUCAAGAUUUCAUAAUGAUCAUAUAAACACAACCAGAAAUUACUUAAUUGUAUUUCUAGUUUGAUUGUGUUGAUUCUAAGUAGUCUUCAUUCAUGAAAAUCUUCACAUUAAAACUAGAAACGUGAGAUAGUCUUACACGCGAUACCGAUGUUCAGCCUGCAGAUAAGUAUAGCGAAUUCGAGUUAGAACUUAUUACUUUUGUAUCAUAUCAGUUUUUAUAAUAAAUUAAUAAAAGUCAAGAAACAGUCGUAAUUCAUAUUAUGUCAUCAAUCGAUUGAGAUAGUGAAUUUCAACUAAUCCAAUUCAGAAGACUUGAUGGACAUGUGUUAUAUCUUAACAAGUG